AACCCACCUCCACACAAUGACGGCUACGCUACACUUCCGUUUGCGCCUGACGUCUUUCCGUUUCUCUUGGCAACAGAGAGACGCGGAGCGAAGGCAGAAGAGUUGUCGCAGACAGCCGUUCACAGACAAAAUGGCUGAAGUUGAGGAAACACUGAAGAGGAUCGAAGCCCAUAAAGGUGUGAUUGGAACAAUAGUUGUCAAUGCAGAAGGUGAGCCAAAAAGCACAACAGUUUUCUCAGAUAUGUUUACAACACAGUCUGACUGUAAAGGUUACAGUUUUAUCUUUUCAGGUAUUCCCAUCAGAACAACUUUAGAUAACUCCACUACGGUUCAGUAUGCAGGACUUCUUCGCCAGCUCACGAUGAAGGCCAGGAGCACAGUGAGGGAUAUUGACCCUCAGAAUGACCUCACCUUCCUCCGCAUCCGCUCCAAGAAACAUGAGAUCUUGGUUGCACCAGAGAAUGACUUUCUGCUGAUAGUCAUCCAGAACCCAUGUGAAUAGCUGCUGGACAUUUCCAUGAGAGUCUCCCUUUGGUUUGUCACAUGGCGAUGCUUUAUCCAGACAAAAGAUCUUUGCCCACUGUGUUAUGUAGCUCCAUGUUGUGCAUAAUCCCUCUUUUUCUACUUGGAACUCAAGUAUGUCGCCUUAAUCUACAUGAUGCAUUGUUUGUUUUACCUUAUGUAUUUCUUUCACUUUAUGUCUGUGUUGAUAUUGAAUAAGUCUGUGGAAUAAAGCUGCUGGUAAUCGUACAAUA